CAAAUCUGACACUUGAUUUCACAGAAGAACCGAAAGAAAAGGCCACAUGUACAGCCGACUUCACAUAUAAGGGCUACCCUGUCAAUGUACUUGAAAUACCGUCAAAGAAAGCGAUUUCCGUCUAUUCCUCAGCAUUCGUGAUCGUGACACUGGUUCAUUGAGAGGGCCUUCUUGAAUCACCGUAAAUAACUUUGGGCCUGUCAACAGAGGAGCGGCAGGCUAAAAGAUUUCUGAUGAUGUUUCCUGAAACACAAGGGGACAUGUUUCCUGCACGCCUCACCUUCUUACACGCUAUCUCUACCCUUCAAUCUGUUACAGAGUAUUUGAAUGUAAAAGAAAAUAAAUACAUUUCUGUGUGUAUAACAUGCUUAAGUAAGUGUAUACUGCCUUCAUAAACAUGUAAUGUUUAUUUUAUGAUGUCAUCUCUCGUUUUUUAAAGUCUUUGUGUAGCGAAAGAAAUGUUCAUAAGAUGAAACUCGGUUUCUGUUCAUUUAAGAUUUUUCCUGUUUUGAUCUGAAGUGUCGAAAAAACAGUUUUCAAAGAGGUUUCUAGCGGAUAAUUUUGUUGUAAUGAAUUGAGUAAUGCCAUCAAGCUUUCCGUUUUAGGUUUUGUCUGAGCCCGAAUUUGUUUUUCCCUGCUGUUAGCGAAAUCAAACCCCAUAUUUCCAAAAACAUACAGCCUACUUUACUUUUGGGGCUAAACUUUGAUCACGCACCGAGAAGAAACAAAUUUUAAAGUAGAUUUUAACUUUCGAUUCACCACGACUUUUUGUAGAAAACUUAAACGCAUUUUCAGCCAUUUUUUUCAGACUUUCUGUAACAAGUGAUUUAAAAAUGAAAACACAAAUGCCGCACAAUUACGCAAACUAGUAUAACUUUUAAGAAAAAUUAUGGUAAUUUUUACAAGAAUAUUAAUUAUGCAGUUCUAACCCUUAAUCAAUGUUCACUCAUUGUAGUAGAUGACAGCUAAGAUUUUUUCUUUUGUCGUGUGACAAGAAUGAUUUAAUUGUUUUUGAAGCGUAGGAAUUUAAAUUGAGCCGCUGUAGUCAAGUACCAGAUAUCACGUUUCGUUCUCGGUAGAAAGCUCUUUAAAAGCUUAUUUCUCUAUGCUGAUGCCAUUCCUUCACAUUCUUCAUCUUGAAAACAUUGCAACAGAGCUAUGUCCUCAGAUGUAUGCAAACCCAAGCUGCAAGAUGGACCCUGUGGAUCAGAAAAAGAGUUGUGUAAAAAGUAUUCUUACUAUGACUAUCCCAUUGAAGUUGUUGAAUUACCAGAUGAGCCAGAUGGUAAAAGAUUUGAACUGUUUUUUGAGCGCGAAGGACAAGUUGAAGCCUCUACCCAAACCACCAGGCCAAUGAAGGCAAUAAGUGAAUGUGGUCAGUCAAUAAAAUCAGUGGGAUCAGACCGGCAGGAAUGGUCAUACACUCUUUAUGACUUUGAGGGCCAAGGCCAAGUCACUCGAGAUGACCUGAGGAACCUUGUGAAGUCAAUCUAUGAUGUCCUUGGCAAAAGCAUUUCUCGUCCCAAAGGAACACAAAAAGACCCUGUUAAAAAACUCUGUGUUAAAUUGUCACUGUCAAAGGAGAGAGGCAGAGAUCUAAAGAGUAGGACAAGGCAGGAGUGUGUUCUGGCAGCAAGUGGCUUUGAGGAACAUCCCAGAAGGAGUAAAGGGAGAAAGUACCUUUCCAUACCAAGGGAGGGAUCUUUGACUGUGAACCCUCCAUCUUCAGACUGCCUCAGUCAAGUCCGACCACAGAACAGUCUGUGUGAGCCAAUACAGUCAGUGAAUCAUCCCAGUAGUGGUGGGCAUCAUCGCAGAUCACCAUCAUGUAGGAGAUGCGAGCACAGACAACCUGUAGAAAAAGAUUGUGUGAGAAAUGACCCCAGAAGAAGUGCCAACCCUGUUGACUCAAAGGGGAUGUAUCAUUUUCCUAAGAGGAUGCAAACUGGGCCCGGGGAAUGCCACCCACCAGUAUCAAAUAGUGACGAAAUGACCAGAGUUAAGGAGUGGAUUGACCAGUGGUGUCAUAUGUAUGACAAGGGAGAGGAAGAAGUCAGUGAAGAACACCACAGGCAUAAACAUAAGGUGCACCAUCGUCAUCGUGUCUGUCAAACCAACAGCUGUGAUGUGGCCUGUGGCCUUCGUCGCUGCCCUCAGUACCUAGAUCUUGCCACAGAUCACCUAACUUACCCUUAUCACACAGAAAGUCAAUCAUUCCCCAUUGCAAAUGGAUCACCCACACCACAGCACCAUCACAGACAUAGUGAACAUCAUCACUGUAAGCGCAGCUGUGCCAGAGACAAUGAUUUGUGUCAUCAUGAUGGACAGCCAGUCAUUCACCGUCAUGAGCACCACCAUCAUCACAGUCAUCAUCAUUAUCAUCACUAUGUCAGCUGAAUAACUUUCUUAUUUAAACUUUACUUUUGACUAAUAUCAUUUUAUUGAGGUGUGAAAUGGUGAGUCUUGUUAGGCCAGCUCACAAGCUGCAACCAAACUUAAUGUAUCAUGCCAUGUUACAUCAGUUAGGGGUUUGACUCUGGAUUAGUGAUGGUGGAAAGUGAUAAAAUUUAUGGAAAUAAGCAUUGCAUAUGAUAAGUGGGAUCCUGGAAGAGAUCCAGUUUGUUACAAAUGGUCAGGACUGAAACAAGGAAGGGUCACUCUCUGUUACUGAAACACAAAAUUAUCAGAUGCAAGAAUCUAUGUUAAUUAGAUUUUUUUGUAUAGCCAGUCACACCAAGUUGAAUUGUGUAUUUUGUACCUGUGUCGAAACUACAUGCAUGAACUGCAAACAGUGUUACAAAUUGUCUCUGCAAGAAUAGCUUUAUUAUAUAUUUCACUUUUUUAAUAUUGUACAAGGUACAGUGUAUUUGUAAAAAUCACCAGAUUAUUUCAGUUUAAAGGCAAUAUUUAACUGUUGUCGUAUUCCAUUCAAUAACACCAUGUGUGGGGUAAUGAAUUUUUAGACUGCAAUGGAAUGUGAUUAAAGAUGAAUGGAAAAUUUGUCCAUCCAUGAAAAGUAGUUUUGUAAUUCUGUCACACAAAACAAAACAAAAGGAACACACUGGUUUUAAGUGACUUUUUUUGAUCAACAAACAAAUGUGCACUUUAUUUUUGGUUAGGAUACUCAACAGAUUAUUCAUAGGUUAUAGAAACAUUUGGAGGUGUGAAGAGAAAUUUAUUUGUCUUUUUUUCAAGUGUAUUAUUGACUUUUUCUAAGCCAGUUGGUUGUGAACCAGGAAUUUAUGCUUUGUUGUUGUUGUAUUCUCAGGCUAAAGUCCACUUUCUUUUUUAGGGUAUAGUAGCUUUAAGAAUCAUACAAGCUAGACUUAUAGUAAAAUAGUAUUUAGCCCAAGGAUGAAAUUGAGCUGUUAGAGGGUAUUCCAUGUAGAGUUUAAAGAAUGGUAAAGAAGAUUUUAAAAUCAAACACCCUAGUUAUUUCAGUCAAAAUAAAUUUAAAAUAUAUCAUACUCACAUUGUAUAAAAUCAUUUAAGAAAUAUUUAACAAUUCCAGUGUAUAUUCAACAUGUACUGUAAUGAUGAUAUUAUAUAUUUCACAAUGUAUCAGGUAAAUCUGUCUAUUUUGAUAUUUGUAUCUUGAGUCUAGAUUAACAUGCAUAUUCUUUUUAAACUGAGGGAGACAGUUUUUGGUAUUCAUGUUAAUUGGCCCUCAUUGCCUCAGUGUAGUCUAACCAAUUAGUUUAGUUGGUAGAAACAUUAAAGAAUGAUGUCAUUGUCUUUGUAAUAAUGGUUAUUAACCGCAAUUCGUUCAAGUUACUUGCUCCACUUGCUAAGGUCAGAUUUGCACUAAUGUUUUCCGUUUAUCAGGCCAACCUCUAAAAAGUUUUUAGAAUAAAGGAUGUACUUUGUAUGAUCCUCAUCAUUUUCAUGUACCUCCAGACACCUUUUCGUAGAAAUACAGAAUAAAACUUGAAAGCUU